AUGGGCUCGUUGAACCCCAAUACAGCCCGGUCCCAUCCGGCUUACGCUACGCUCGCAUCUCGCCCUGAUGUUCAAGCCCGUGCAUUCUCAGCGGUCGAGGAGCUCUGCGCCAUCUUCAAAACCCUGACAGCUCCUAUCGGAAAGGACCACCUCGCCAUAUCUGCGGCUCUGAAGCUCUCUUUCCCUCCUUCAGUGGCCGACCCCAUUCCUCACAUCCGCACAGCCUGGGCUGCGACCCGGACGCACCAUCCGCACCUUGGAAGCGUGCUCAACCCACAGGAUCCCGCCAACGGCAAAAGCUCCAGCGCGGGCCAGACCAUACUAAUACCAACGUUUGACGCCGAAGAAUGGCUCACCAAUACUUUUUCGGUUGACACGGGAUCAUCGAACGCCAGUGUCCGUUUCAAGGCGUCCAAAAAUGAAGACUACGCGCAAUGUAUUUGGAUCCCAUCCUCCUCGGAGGUCCUUUUCCAAACGAGUCACUGGCGGUUUGAUGGCAAUGCCAUGAUGACCAUUGCCGUCAACUUUCUCAAUGUCCUCACCCAGUCGCUGGCUAGGGGCGCGGACGCGCAGCUAGACAGCUAUACCUCCCCGGUUGGGGAUGGAAGCAUCGCACCCGGUGCGGACUGGAUUCUCGAUGCCUUCAACGACGAGGAAAGCACCCCGGCGUAUAUGAGGAAGGCGGCAGACACCAUGUUUUCUGACAUGAUGGCCGGUGCGCCCAGUGUUGCCCUUCCCGUGCGGAAAGGCAGCGACCAUUCCGCCCCCGGGGACUCCCUGCGCGUCUCCCUCAACUUCGGCAAAGGAAAGACGUCGCAAUUGCUGGCGAGCUGCAAAAGCAAGGGUAUCACGCUGGCCUUGGCCACGCACGCCGCCCUAAUCCUCUGCUCGGCGCGGUAUCCCCAACACCCACUCUGUAAAUCCUACGGGCGAUUCGCGCCCGUGGACAUUCGCAAAGAGUUUCCGCCGCCGUACAACACGCCUCAGUACUCCAUCGGCGAGUUCUGCGCCGCGUUUCCCGUCGUUGUUCUGGACGUGGUUGGCGAGAACAAGUCCUUUGACCAGGUCUGCGCGGAGCUGCAGAGGUCCUACAAUGGAGCCAAGCAGCUUGGGUUCACGGACGACGAGGGACGAGCUGUAAGCACGGCGAAGCUGGGGGCCGCGUUUAUCAGGAGGGUGAUUGGGCUGGUGCACGCCGAGGUGCCGCCCGACAUGCCUACGACCCAGGCAGUGGACUUUAGCAGCCUGGGACUGGUGGAAAAGGUUCUGGACCGCGAGUACAGUGUGGCAGAUGGGCAGUUGCGGGAGAAGGUGACGGUGGAGGACUUUUGGCUGUCGACACAGACGAUAGCAAAGGCGGUGCAGUGCCAUGGAUGGACGUUCCGGGACGAGUUUGUGCUGCAGGCGAGCUGGAACGAAAGCUAUUACGACACGGCGUUUAUGGCAAAGUUUCUGGAUGAGGUGAGGGAGCAGCUAUUCAGCGGACUUGGUAUUUAG